AUGACUAACGUUACUGUAAUAAAGAAACUAUUUAAAAUACCUCUAAUACACAAGUUAUCGGAGACUUCCUUGGAUGUCAACAUCCCCUCAUACACUGGAUCUCCAAGAUCUCUUAAUUACGGCUCCAAGUCCUCUCUAAAAUCAGAUGAAGAACAUGAACCAAAACUAAAAAGAGCUGUAUCUUUCCUGCUUGAAGAUAAUAAUUUCUUAGUAGCUGCUGAAACUGGUAACGACAAGUUAUUAGAAAUUAUCAUAAGAAAAGGCACAAAUAUCCAACAACAAGACUAUCUUGGAAGAAACGCCCUUCACUUAGCUGUUUGCGCUGGCAACAAACGGGCUAUUAUAAUCUUGUUAGAUGCUGGUGUAAAUGCUAAUGUGAAAGACAAUGUUGGCAUGACACCACUUUCGCUGUGUUUAAUGAGAAGGCCAUCAUUAGAUAUAGCUAACCUUUUAUUUGAUCACGGCGCAGUAAUAGUACCUCGUUCUAAUCCCGUCGAUACGGGAUUAUUCCUUCAAUUUGUCAUGAUGUGUAAACCCACUUAUGAAGAAGCAAGAAUAUUAAAACUUCUCGUUGAAAAAGGUGCUUUAGUGAACGAUCCAGCAGCACCUGGAGGUCGACAAGCUCUACAUUUCGCGGCUAUGAGCAAUAAUUGUGUACUCAUACGUAUCUUAUUAGAUCUCGGAGCCGAUAUGUACCUCACCAAUCAUAGACACGAAACACCCAAAGACGUCGCUAUAACUUACAAAUGUCGGGAUACUCUAACGCUUCUGCAAGAAUUUGAAGCAAAUUAA